ACGAGAAACAACAACAAAGUGUUCCUAAAACUCCCUAUCCAGCAAAUCAAGAUUUAUGCACUACAACCGUGCAGAUUAUGAUUUAAUAAGAAAAUGAGAUAGUUAUUUAGAGUUCUGUGUACUUGCCGACUCAACAGUGAUUUCGAUGAAGGGAACGAAUAAGAGCCGAGUUUCCAUUGUUGUGGUUUUUGCGGAGAGACCGUAAACUCCUACCCGUGGAUCGGGCCUGUUUUAACACUACACAAGGUGUUUACGAAGUGAAAAUGUCGAUAUUGGGUCUAAAAAAGAAGCAGCCAAAGACUUUUAAAGUCAAAGUCAUCACUAUGGAUGCUGAAAUGGAGUUCAGUUGUGAGGUGAAGUGGAAAGGAAAAGAUCUGUUUGACCUUGUGUGCCGGACCAUUGGGCUGAGGGAAACAUGGUUCUUUGGCCUUAGAUAUACAGUGAAAGACACCUAUGCAUGGCUGAAGCCUGAUAAACGGGUUUUGGAUCAAGAAGUUCCAAAGGAUUCUCCGAUAACUUUUCAUUUUCUUGCCAAAUUCUUCCCUGAGAAAGUUGAGGAUGAGCUUGUUCAGGAAAUUACUCAGCAUCUAUUCUUCUUACAAGUUAAAAAACAGAUAUUAGAUGAAGAGAUAUUUUGUUCUCCAGAAGCCUCUGUUCUUUUGGCGUCAUAUGCUGUUCAAGCCAAGUACGGUGACUAUGAUCCGAACUUUCACAAGCCAGGCUUCUUAGCUCAAGAUGAACUCUUGCCCAAAAGAGUGCUGAUGCAGUAUCAGAUGACACCAGACAUGUGGGAAGAGAAGAUAACAGCUUGGUAUGCUGAACACAGAAACAUCACAAGGGAUGAGGCUGAGAUGGAAUAUCUAAAAAUAGCACAGGAUCUGGAGAUGUAUGGCGUUAGCUACUUUUCUAUUACACAAAACAAGAGGGACACAGAGCUGCUGCUUGGAGUUGAUGCCCAGGGUCUUCACAUCUACAGCCCCAACAAUAAGCUCACCCCCAACAAAUCCUUCCCCUGGAGCGGAAUCCGAAACAUCUCUUACAGUGAGAAAGAGUUUACCAUCAAGCCAUUGGACAAGAAAAAGGACGUUUUUAAAUUCUACUCUUCUCAGCUGAGAGUUAACAAACUGAUCUUACAGCUGUGUAUUGGGAACCACGACCUGUUUAUGAGGAGGAGGAAGGUGGAUUCCAUAGAGGUGCAACAGAUGAAGGCCCAGGCCAAAGAGGAGAAGGCCAGGAAAAAGGUUGAGCGUCAGAUUCUUGCGCGGGAGAAGCAGAUGAGGGAGGAAGCCGAGCGAGCAAAGGAAGAAAUGGAGCGUCGUCUGUUCCAGCUACAGGAUGAGGCCCGAAUGGCCAAUGAAGCUCUACUGCGUUCCGAGGAGACGGCCGACCUUCUGGCAGAGAAAGCACAGAUCGCCGAGGAGGAGGCCAAACUACUCGCCCACAAAGCAGCUGAGGCAGAGCAGGAGAGGCAAAGGUUGGAGGUCACAGCCCUCAAGACAAAAGAGGAGAAGAGACUGAUGGAGCAGAAGAUGAGAGAAGCAGAACAACUGGCGGUUAAACUUGUUGAGCAGUCAGAAAGGAGACUGAAGGAGGCAGACCAUCUGAAACAGGACCUUAAUGAGGCUAAAGAUGCAGAAAGAAGAGCCAAGCAAAAACUUCUGGAAAUCACCAAAACAACAUAUCCUCUGAUUGCAGCAUACUCCAACCCUCCUCCACCCGUUGGGCCUGACAGUUCAGAUAUGGCUGUGGAAAUGGGCAGCUCCAACCGAAUGGACUUCAAAGACUCGGAUAUGAAGAGACUUUCAAUGGAGAUUGAGAGAGAACGGAUGGAGUACAUGGAAAAGAGCAAACAUCUUCAAGACCAGCUAAAGGAGCUAAAAUCUGAGAUUGAAUCCCUGAAGUUGGAAGAGCAGCACCAGGCUGGAAUCUACAGCCUCAGGAGUUACACAGAGCCUCCUUAUGUUCCCCAUAGCAAUAGGAAUUCUGCCUACAUGGCUCAGAUGGCCUUCUAUGAGGAAGUGUGAAAGAAAAAUCCAUCCAUUGUUUAAGCAGCAUGAGAGGUCUGGAGAAACACAUCAGUUUGCAGCUAUCACUGAAGCAUGCAUGCACACCAAAAAUGCAGACAUAACCUCAUAUACUGUGUUUUUAAAAUUAAUGUAUGAAUUUCCCUCUUUUCAAUUUAUGUGUCAGCAAUGCAAUUGUUUUUUGUGUACACUUUCAAGUCAUUUUGCUAAUACCACAAAUGGUUUGGCACAUGAAAUGAAACUGAUUCAUCUUUGUCUGUUCAUUUAACAAAAAUAUGUGGUCUGUAAAUGCAAAAUAAUGCAGAUAUAGUAAAAAGAAAAGGGACUUUUCUCAUACAAAUAGAAGUGCCUUGAAUGGUGAACACAAGCUUGUUUGCUUUAUGUGAAUAUGAUAAGGUUGCUAUGCCACUAGAAACACACAGCAAAAUUCACUUUUGGUUUAUAAAAUAUUUUCCUUGGAUUCUCCUAUUAUACUUCGGGGUGCCAGAUCAACUUAACAAUCGGUGCCUUUAACAAAUGCAACCACACUGGCUGGCAAAAAAUGCAUUGUAGUUUUAACUACGGUAAUAGUGAAUGUCAAAUGAUUUUAAGUAUUGCAUGUUUUGGACUUUGGAAUUGUUUUAUUUUUUCUAUUUUAUGUGGUGCUUUUUUAACAGUUAGUCUCCUGUAUACUCUAAAAUUAUUCUCUACCUAUACACUUCUCCUGACACUAUGGAUCUUGUUUUGCUGGUUGGCGAGCAUGCCAUCUGUUUGUGUUCUGCCUUAUGCAGGAACAGAGAUGUAGUGAUAGACUCUGUUUAUAAAUGUGCGGGUCAUUCAUUCUUUUGGCUGGAGAAUUUUUUUUUUUUUUUUUUGUGUUUGAUAUAGUGAUACAAAGGCAGUUUUAUUUUUUUUAUUUUAUUUUUUUUCCUACCGUUUUUUUACCAAAUCAAAUGACGCAUUGGAGUUAGUGUUAAGGGUAUGAGCUUUGUUGACAUUUCAGCAUUCUACUGUACAUGGUGUAGCAAAAAUCUUAAUACUUUUACACAAGUAAUGAACAUUUCAAACCCUUUUUUUUUUACCCCUCAAAAAUAGAAAUGACAGGCAUAACUCAGAGAUGUAACCUUUCUUGAUAUCUCAACACUUUAAGCUGAAGGUGUUAUUAUCUUCUGAAAAAUUGUCCUUUUUUUCCAAAAUGUAUGCAAAGUACAUAGGAUUCUUAUAUUUUUUGCACUCUUUUUUGUGAAUGUCUUUAUGCUUUAAGAUAGUAGAUGGAGAACAUUUUUGUUGAUGAGAGACAAAAUAUGCCUGUGCUCUCAUAUAAAGGGAUGACUUCUACUUUGGUUGAGUUUUUAGACUGUAAUGCCUCCCAUUAUGUUACAGCUUGUCAUCUAUUUAGCAGCUUGCUAUAUUUUGCAUCAAUUAGAAACCAGCCAGUAAUUUAAAUUAGAUCAUAAAUGUGUUCACAUGCAUAAAAAUGCAUUGUGGGGAAAUAUAUAUUGUAAAUACACUACAUUUAUUACAAAGUCUUACAAUGAGUAGUGGAAUACAUUUUUGUGUUAUCAGCAGCAUGACUAUGUGCACACUAGCUUAAAAUGUCUAAGACAGAGUGACUACACAAGGUAACUGUUCAUGUUUUAAUGAAUGCCACAACCACCUGCUAGUCUCUGCCCAGUUUGUCCUUAAAAACACUGUUUUUUAUUUGGUAUUUGUCUAAUUUGUCCUAGCUGCACCACAUAAAGUGCCUUGUUUUUGGGAAGUGUGUAUUCCACUAAGCAUGGAUGGCUUUCACUCUUUAUUUGAGUUAAGUAUCUAUUGGAUCACAGUAUCACUGCCUUUUAGUAUUUGUGCCCUGGAUACAGAGAUCAGAUAAAGUUGGCCAAUAUGGAUGUAGACUUAUAAUACUCUUGUGUGUGCAGAAAAUUGUAAACCGAAUUACAAAUAAACUGCAAAUAUGGA